UACAAUUGAUAAUGUCGUUUAUAGACUAUUCGUUAGUAGACUGUUCGUGUAUAGUGAAACGAACCACACGUCAAAAUGUAUUAUAAAUUACUUUUUAUGUUUAUUAUAUUUCUUCUCAUAAGUGAUUCUAGUGAAAAGUUACAAAAAUCUGAUACAAAACCGUAUAUAUCAAAGUGUUGUCCCGCAAAAUAUUAUGUACAUAAUUUUGAGUGCAAAUCCAACGCAACAUUUGAUAAGGAUUUUUCAGAUAUCGAUGUAUAUAAUAGUAAUAGAACAAGAAUCGGAAGCUUGAGGGAUAAUUUUCAAAUUGUUUCUGGAAAUUUUAGGGAUAUCAUUCCUAAUUUACCAAAUUUACAUUUUUACAUAAUCGAGAAUGGAAAUCUCGAUUUACUUCUACAACAACCAAAUUCACCGCUCAAGGUGAAUACAGUAGACAAUGACAAAUUUUGUGUCGACUAUGAACUAACAUCGGACAAAUUUUCACCGAUAUUCGGUGCAAUAUUUGAAGAAGAACCUCAGAAAGAUACGGUUUUUGAAAUUUCAGCUCUGUUAACAUCCAGCAUAUUCUUGUUAUUGGUGCUCAUAAUUUAUGCACUUCUGAAAGAAUUAAGGAAUCUAAAAGGCAAAAUUCUCAUGGCCAUUCUCUUCAGUUUAAUGAGUGCCUUUGUUUUAUUGGCGACGUUGAAAAUUAUUUCUAACAAUAAAAGUGUCCAAGUUUCUGAAAAUUUUUGUUAUGGAUUCACUGCGUCCAUUUAUUUCUUUUUCUUGUCUGCUUUAUGUUGGAUGAACGUCAUGUCUUUUGACAUCUGGUGGACAUUAAGGAGAAUGACUACUCGACGAACAGUACGUCGCCGUGGAGGACAUUAUAAGUUUACCAUCUACUGUAUCUACGGUUGGGGCAUACCGCUCACAAUGGCCAUAGGUUUGAUCGCUAUAGACGUAUCUGAGAUACCAGAAAGUAUUGUCAAACCUAAUAUCAUACUAAACGGAUGCUUUCUAGCAGAUAAAGCAAAAUUAUUGUACAUGGAUAUUCCAAUGAUGUUGUGGAUUUCUAGUAAUUGGAUAUUCUUUCUGGUGACGGCAUAUAACUUUUGGUGUUUUGGAAGAGAAACGCAGAUGCUUAAUCACAAUAACGUAAACAAACAUCGCAAGCAAAAAGAAAGAUUCUUGGUUUAUUUAAAGCUAUCUAUUGUCAUGGGAAUAAGCUGGAUUACAGAAGUAAUCAGUUCAUUUAUACCGAAUUUGAUGAUGUGGUAUAUUACUGAUGCAUAUAAUAUGUUCAUUGGUAUUGCAAUAUUCUUCAUAUUCGUAUGUAAGAAGGACAUUCGAAUCAAAUUGGCUAAACGGUUUCUCUGCCGCCCUGCCGCCUCAUACAAAUCAUCGGCUAUCUUGCAAACUCCGUCGAGUUCUUGGUAGAACGUUUACCAAAAAAUAUCUAUAAAGAUAUUUUAGUUCUAUAUAAAUAGACAUUAUAUUUAUUUAGGGUCGAACCCAUUGUAUUUGUUGCGUAUGACGACAACGCAAAAUGAUUAAUAUGAAAGAGAUGUAAAAUUUUAAUGUAAAAUUAACAAGCGUUGCUUAGCUUAACUCGAAUAAUAUGAAAUUAAUAUCAGAGAACGUUCUAUGUGGAGUUAUUUUUUUUUUGUAAGUGUAUGUUUUAUGAGAUUGUUGAUUUAUAAUUAAUGUUUUUUAAUGAUAAGAAAAUAUCUGAGAUUGUUGAGUUAAUUAAUUUUGUCCUAAAUUAAUAUAGAUAAAAGAGUAGGCAAUAGUUCUGAGCAAGAACAACAUGUCCGUCUCAUUUGCAUGACUGGCAGCCGCUAUAGUGCACGGACGGCGCGCCGGUUGAGCUCACUCAGGUAGGGACUAAAAUAAUGGGAAUUUGUAUAAAAAGGCACCCUUUGUGUUGGGUGGUAAGACGAGGUACAAUCUCACAGGAGACAUCUCAGGAUAGACGUCACUUGGAGCCCGGAGUUUACUUCACAUGAACGGAUUCCCACAUUUGUGAUUGAUUACUUUUGUCGACUUAUUGUUAAUCUUAUAUGUACGUUUCUGGAGAGCAUAACCACAACAGCUGUAAGAUUUUUUCUGAGAAUUAUUACAGUAGUUAAGAGAGUGUGUCAUAAUUAGUAAUUACUAUUUUAAUUUUCGUGUGCAAACAGACUGUACUUAGCUUAAUUUUUCUAUUAAUUCUAAGCUCGAGCUAAUUCUUAUUAAAUAGCUCCGAAUAUUAAAGAUUAUAUGAAUUAUCUAUAUGAUUAUUAGGUAUAGACAGCAUCGAGACAUCGUUGCUCAAGCGUUCGAACUGGUUUGUAAGGCCGUAUUCAUGUGCGAAAGAUUUUUGUUUUUAUUAUUUGUAGUGUUCAUACCGUCGGGUAAUAGUGAAAAUGAGUAUAUGACUUUGUUUAGAAUCAUUGAUAUUUUCAAACGUAUUAUGGGUUCACUCAGAGUAACACAUCGGAGGGUGCCGAUGUACGCGUGAGUGUGGCGGGGGCACGUCUGGUGACGUUGGAUUCGCAUCGGAGCUUGAGGUGGAGGUGACAUUGCGAACGCUCCGUAUUGUUGACAUUAGGACGAAUCAACUCCCAGUAGCAGUUAAGCCAGUGAGUCUGUGGGCCCCAGAUAGAUACGUGUGGCGGAGACAUCGACCGUCGUUGCUGACGAGCGAACCAAGUUGCUCAAGGAGGCGCAACUGACGUGCGCGUUACGUGCCCUCAACGUGAUAGCCGACAGGACGAAUUUGUUUUGUUGCAGUCUGAGUGAGCUGACAAAGAUCUGGACUAUAUUCUAUAUAACAUAAUAACUUGAAAUAUUAUGGUUAUUUGAAAUAUUGCUAUUAAACAUGCUGUAUUAUCAAAUUGUGACAUAUAUUUCCUGUAAUGAUAUGUGUUCAGUUUUGAUAAAUAAAUAAAUUGAAAUAAA